AUGGAGCAAGAUGCGCCGACCAAUGGCAGUGCUGCCACGCCCACGGCCACAGCCACGGCUCCGGCCACAGCCACAGCCACAGCCACAGCCACGCCUGCGACGGCGCCGGUGACGACGACGGCCACAACCACAGAACUGCCGACGACUGCGGCGGCGGAGGCGCCCGUGGUGGUCUCUACAGAGUCGCCGUCGCUUGCGAUGCCGCCGCCCGCGGCCGCGGCGCCGGUCAAGCGAAAGCGCGGGCGGCCGCCCAAACCCAAGCCGCCGGUGAGCCCCGACGCGGUGCCGGCCGGACCCAGGAAGCGCGGCCGGCCGCCCAAGAAGCGAAAACUGGAGGACUCGCCAGCGACCGAUGCCGCGAUGGCCACAACCACGACGCCGCCGACCAACGCGGCGGAGGCGCUCAUGUCACCAUCGCCGGUCUCGAGCGGCGCGAGCCCCAGCACCCCGGGUGUGAAGCGGCGACGAGGCCGCCCGCCCAAGCCCAAGCCGCCGCCCAUCGUCGCGCAAGCAGCGGCCCCGGAGGCCGUGCCCUCGGCUGCCCCCGCCGGCGCCGGCAUCAUCAUGGGCGACAUCACUGGCGGCUCCACCACGACCACGACCACCUCUGCCACAGACCUUACGAGCGCCGACUUUGCCUCGCUUGGACCCAGCGCGACACCUGCGCCCACGGGCGACGGCUCUACGGCGACGACGACGGUGGCGGCGGCGGCUGUGGGGAGCGCGACGGGCGAACCGGUGGUAGUGAAGCGAAAGCGCGGCCGGCCGCCCAAGGACAAGUCGGCGACGCCGACGCCGCCGGUGCCCAAGGGUCCGCCCAAGAAGCGGGGUCGGCCGCGCAAGAGCAAGGAGGGCUACGAGGAGUGGAUGACGAUGGUGAGCGAGAACGGCGGGAGCGAGUGGGAGGGCUCGAUCGAGGAGUACUGGCGGCGGCACUUCGCGGCCAAGGAGGGUGGUGUCACGCUCACGUCGCUCACCCCCACCACGACGCCCACACCGGCCGCCAAGCUCGGCACCAGCGGCGACGCACCGGCUUCGUCAUCGUCGACUUCGGCUUCAGCCUCGACGAACUCAUUGGAGGCGACGUCGACGUCGACGCCGGCCGUGGCGGUGGCCGACCCCCAGCAGGGCCUCGAGGCGGCCAAGGCGGACGACGCGAGCGGAAACGCGGCGGAAGAAUUUGUCGACAAGCAGCAGAAGGCGGAGGCUGGGAACGGCGUGGCGGCGACAACGACGACAACGGUGGACGCCAAGCCGGAGCGAGAAGACGGUGAGCAGGGGGUGGUGGAAAAGAUGGAGGAGGAACAGGGCGAUGACAAGGACAACGGGAGCGCGGCGGUGAAGGCGAAGGAGCUGACAACGACAAAGGAGACGAAGAUGCAGACGAUGAUGGAGAAGAAGAAGAACGGACAGGAGGAAGAGAGUGAGCAGGAGGACGACGACGAGGAAAAAGACGAAUUCAUAUUUGUGUCGUCACACAUCAACGCGUCGAUCGUGGAGAAACUGAAGGCUCUGCGCGCAGCUUUGCUUACUGAGGACGAUGCGGCAAUCCUGAUCGCGGCCAAGGACUUUGCCUACGACUGA